ACUUCAAGAGAAAAUGAACUCCUUCAUUGUUAUCGUUGCGUGUUUGGUGGUCUGCGCCAGCGCCAAGCCAUGGGGCUGGGGACAUGGUCAUCAUCUUCCACUAGUCGCGCACGGACACGAUGAUGGACAGUGGCACGGAGAAGGUCUUGUGGAAUCGCAAGACUGGGCUGGUCGUGCUGAACACCUCGCUGGCGUUCACGGACACGGACUUGUCCACGGACAUGGAUUUGUCCACGGGCACGGGGCGCUAAUUGGCGGUCACGCUGGUGCCAUUGUUACCCACGCACAUCAUGGUGCUAUCUUAGGCCAUCAUGGUCACUGGUAAAACUAAAGUUCUUGUAAAAACGGCAUUCAAAUAAAUCAUUACCUCUCC